AUGAAGCAGAUGAAAUAUUAUAGCCUCAGUGAGGUGAAACAGCAUAACAGUAAAGGUGAUUACUGGGUAAUAGUCGACGGCGGCGUUUACGACUUGAGUCGCUGGGCACCGUAUCAUCCCGGUGGAGAACUCCCGAUACGUUACAUGGCUGGCCAUGACUGUACAGAUGUUUUCAAAGCUUUUCACCUCCCUUCUGUCACAGAAAAGAAGCUGCCAGCAUUUAAAAUUGGGGAGAUACGCGACGAAUGCAAACCCUCUAUAAACGAGUCUGCUUUAGACCAAGACUUUCGUAAAGUACGAGACGAACUUGAUGGACGUCUGGACACCGAUUGUAAGUUGAUCUUUUAUUGCUUGUAACUAAGCCUUACCACUGCGGUCUUUGUUCUUCCCUCAUGCUUGACUCUAGGCGAACUCCAGACAGUUUGAAUGUAUUCCCUUUUUGUGUUUUUUGGUUAGAACGUCCUGGAUUUCACUGUUUCAUUCAAUCUUCCGUCACCCUCGCUGCCAAAUAACCUUAGCUCUGUGAUUUUAUAAACUUAUGUAAUAUUUCUAGCAUGCCUUACACUAUUUUAAUUGUGAAAUUCAAAGUCAAGCUUAUGACAGACGAGAUGCUUAACAACCUUUGCAGCCAUUUUUCUUGAAACGUAAGCGUUAGCUUAUAUUUUAUUUCGUUUUGGUCAUGGCUGAAUAGAUAUUUAAUCAAAAAGUUGUGUAAUAGUCAACCAAUUCUUUGAUAAAACGUUGAAUCUUAAUUUUCUGUGGGAGUGGUUGUAUGUCCGUUUCAGUUUCUCUGAAUAUGUUAGAAACAAAAAAACCCUCGUAGCUUUCUUACUCGAUAUGCAGACAGUUAACCUCACCCAGCUUAAGUUUGUUGUUUUUAUAUUCAAUCAACUGUCUGUCUUGUCAAAAAAAAAAAAAAAAAUCCGCAGACAAGGUUGUUGAACUUAUGGCAUUCGCAAUAGACAUGAGUUUAUCUAAACGCCAAGGAUUUUUUUUGGAGUUUGCUGGGGGAUUUUUAAAUGUUAUUGUGCUUAAAAUUCAAGUCUUGCCUUUGUUUUUCUGUCAUUUUGGCAAUGGUUUUCCCAUAAUUUAAUCAUGAGAAAUGACUAUUCGCCGGCUUUGGGUAUUAUUUUUUUGGUGGAAAAGUCUUUUAUAACGGCUUCAUAAAAGACAACGACCUCAGUGCUAAGAUUUAUUUUUAGCUGGUCAAAUAGUGAAACUGGAAGAAAACAAAUUUGCAUAUCUCUCUUUUCGGUCAAGUUAUUAUUGCUUGGUUGAAGUGAAUGUUUUUUGAGGAUUCUUAAACUUAAAAAUCAGGAUUUUUAUGUUAUUAUUUACUGCUUGCAUUUUACUAAAUUAAAAGGUCCAAGAACAAUGAGCUAUGCUGGAUAUACUCUAUCAGUAGAUUCACAUUCAGAAUGCAUUUAGCAAAUUUCAGUUCUUAAAAAAAAUUCGAAGUUUUCACUGUGGAAGAAAACACAGUUGGUAAUUUGUUAGUGUUAGAUAACUGGGGAUUUAUCUGGUGUGAAAACCAAAAGCAUUGUGUAAAGUGUUGAAGCCCAAAAAAUUUCUGUUUACCUUCUGUAUGCUAGGUUGUCAAAGAAUAUAAAUAAUCAAUUUUCUAGAAUUCUCUUUUGACCAAACUAUAAAUAAGUAAAUAAUUAAAAAAAGUAACAAAGGCAAUAUUUCGUCUGCAGGAUUGAUUUCAUGCGGUAAAAUUUUUAUGACCUCACAGAAAUUCAGAAAAAUAAAAUAAUUUUUCUGAAAAAGCAGUCAUGAAGACUAAAGGGAUACUAUUUUAGGAAAUUAAUAACGCUUUUAAGGGUUUUGGUUGUUUAUUUCUUUAUUUCCUUUUUUGUAAGAGAAUCUCUUUUGUUAAUGCCAGUGUAAUAGAAUUACUUAUAAAAACCAAAUCUCUAAUUAAUAAAAAAUUAAUAAUGUUAGAGUUGAGAUUCCUACACAGCAAAGUUAUUAUUACAAGGUUUUUGAGUGGAUCCCAGUAAGGAUGCUUCAGAUCUACACAAUUUUGUUUUGUUUCUAAUAAAAGUUUUUGUGACAGUGUUGAAUACUGCAGUCAACAAGCUAAUUAACGUGCAAGCGAGCAUGACCCUUCAAAACUGCAUCGAUGUGUAGUAUUAUUAAAUUUAUCAAUAAAUGUCCUAUGAUCAUAUAGCACAGAUUUUAAUGGUGCUGUAAUAAAUUAAUGCUCUGAGGUUUAUUAAUCCAGAACCUAAUGUGUAAAUAUUUAUUGGAAAAAAAGCAAAUCAUCUACAGGAAAUAUUUUAAAGCUGCUGUGUUCAGUGAAACGCAAUUUGCAUUUAUGAUUUCAAUAGCCAAAACCACUAGGUUAGCUACAAUGUAUGCCGUGUACAUUUAAAAACUUGAUAGCACACCCCUGGUCCCAUAUUUUAAAUGAUACAAAAAUAUUAAAAGGUACAAAUGUUAAAUUGUUCUCAGUAGCUCCUUGCAGCUACAGCCAGUUUUUGUGUCAACCAUUCUACACUUCAACAUCCCCUCAGGCAAACCCUGGUCAUUUGUGAUGACCAUCCCUUGUGAUCAGGUAGUGGGGAAUGUGACCUUUGCCUAGCUAGGCUGGGGAAUUUGAAAGGCCCGUUAGGGACGUGUCAAGUUUAACUUCUUUGUAUGAUCCAGGUUUGACAAUGUGGUUUGAUAGAUGUGAUCUUUCAUCUUUCUCUUAGUAACAGAGAUAGAGAAGUGUGAAGGUAAAGAAACAGCUUUUGUUAACAAAUUGCUUGUUUGGCAAGGACUUUAAAACAUACAUGUAAGCGUUCUUGAAGGUAUUAAUGUAGUGCAAAUCAAGUGUCAUGUGGAUUCCCUAAACUCUAUGUUUUGAAUUCGCAAUCUACAAAACAGUUCUUCUCUGGGAGGGGCAUUUGACCACUACAUUGGGCUAAUGUAACAGGAAUUUGAACAGGCUUGUUUUGAAAGGGGGCUGUCUGGGGACGUUGAUAUUUUGAAUUAAUAAAUAUUGAAACAUUACAACAAUAUAAGUUUAAAAAAUUAUUUCUGUUUUAUUGCAAAUAGAUUGGUUCUAUGUCAAGCACUCCAUCAGCUUGUGCAUAAUUUUUGCAGCAGUACUGUAUGGAGUGGUAUUUAGCAAUAAUGUGUACAUACAAGUGGCAUCAUCCAUAACCAUGGCUUUAUUUUGGCAACAAAUGGCAUUUAUUGGACAUGACACUGGCCACACAGCCAUCACUCAUGAUUUUAAAAUGGACCAGUUGAUCGGCAUAUUUGCUGGGAACAUGACAACUGGAAUCAGCAUUGGAUGGUGGAAGAAGAGUCACAAUGCUCACCACAUUGUGACAAACUCAGUGGAGUUUGAUCCCGAUAUCCAACACUUGCCGGUAUUGGCCAUCACUGACAAGUUCUUCAAGUCAGUCAGGUCAAUGUAUCACGAGAAAACCCUUACCUUCAAUGGACUGGCCAAGUUUUUUGUCUCCAACCAACAUUGGCUGUACUACUUGAUCAUGGGUCUAGCUCGUUACAACUUGUAUGUGCAAAGUUUUCUCUUGGUGUUUUCAUUACCAAAUGGACGGGCCAAAUAUCUUGAAUGUCUUGGCUUGGCAUUUUUUUGGACAUGGUAUAUUUACCUGUGUUCCUUUUUACCAUGUUGGACAUCAAUGUUUAUUUUUGUUUUUGUUGCACAUUUUCUCGCUGGAGUUCUUCACAUUCAGAUAACUCUGAGUCACUUCUCCAUGAAAACUUAUCACGGACACCCCAUGGAUGCAUUCAAGGGCAGCGAGUUCCUUCUCUCACAACUGGCGACAACAAUGGAUAUUGAAUGCCAUCCGUGGCUUGAUUUUAUCCAUGGUGGGCUUCAAUUCCAAAUUGAGCAUCAUCUCUUUCCAAGACUUCCACGUCACAGGCUGCGAGAAGCAAAAGCCAAGAUCCAAGCACUCUGUAAAAAACACAAUGUGCCUUACAGGUCCAAGACUUUCUAUGAAGCUAAUUUGGAAAUCAUCGAACAGCUAAAGGAAACAGCCUUGAAAGCCCAGUGUAUUUCUCCUCUAAUUUGGGAUGGAAUUAAUGCAAUUGGUUAA